AUGCGAGCCGGGCCGGCGCUGCUGCCCGUGCUGCUCGGCUGCGCUCUGGCCGCGGAGCCGCGGCUGCAGCGGGGCAUGCCUAAUGUGUGCCCAGUGCUGGAGCUGGCUCUGGUGGGACACCAGGAGCCCUGCAUUCAGUCCUUCAGUCGCAUGGUCAGGAUGUGGAAGCAAGGCUGCACAAAGAGGAGGUGGUGUGUGAGCUAUGAGAGAAGGUCUGGUUACUACACAGUUUACAAGCAGGUGUACAGGAUGGAGCAGCAGACUGUCUACAAGUGCUGCCCUGGCUGGGCCCAGCAGGACAAUGAACCUGGCUGUCUGCAUUUGCUGUGCACUGCUGGCACUUGCUUCAAUGGAGGGAGGUGCUCUGAAGGAGGAUCCCAGGUGUGCCAGUGUCCUGCAGGAUUCCAGGGGCCUCGCUGCCAGUACGAUGUCAACGAGUGCACCAUGGACAACGGCGGCUGCCACGACCGCUGCUGCAACACCAUCGGCAGCUACCACUGCAAGUGUCCAGCUGGCCAGAAGCUGGGGGAAGAUGGAAAAUCCUGUGCAGACGUGGACGAGUGCGAGGUGCUGAACGGGGGCUGCCAGCAGGGCUGUGCCAACACCCAGGGCUCCUUCCAGUGCCAGUGCCAGCCGGGAUUCCGGCUCCACGCCGACGGCCGCACCUGCCUCGCUGUCAAUUCCUGCAGCAUUAACAACGGGGGCUGUGAGCAGGACUGUGUUCAGCUCAGUGAGGAUCACUACAAGUGCCAGUGCCAGCCAGGCUACCAGCUGAAGGCAGAUGCCAAAUCCUGUGAAGUGAUAGACCCCUGCACAAGUGGGAAUGGAGGAUGCUCACAAAUCUGUCAGAAUGAGAGAGGAAUUGCAAAAUGCGAGUGUCAUCCAGGGCAUUCUCUUGCUGCAGACAAAAAGUCCUGUUUAGAUGUGGAUGAGUGUGCAGAGGGCAGGGCCAGGUGUGCCCAUCGCUGUGUGAACACCCCGGGCUCCUUCAGCUGUGCCUGCAGCCCCGGCUUCGAGCUGGGCGCGGACGGGCGGCGCUGCUACCGUAUCGAGAUGGAAAUCGUGGACAGCUGCCGGGACGGGAACGGCGGCUGCGAGCACGGCUGCGAGCACACGGCAGCGGGGCCGCGCUGCUCCUGCCCCCGCGGCCACCGCCUGGCCGGGGACGGCAAAACCUGCACAGAUGUGGAUGAAUGUGAGACUGGGGAGUCCUGCUGCUCCCAGUUCUGCAUCAACUACGCGGGGGGCUACGAGUGCGCCUGCAAGGCGGGGUUCCAGCUCAGCGCCGACGGCUGCUCCUGCGACGAUGUGGAUGAAUGUCGUCAGGAUAAUGGCAACUGUGACCAUUUCUGUGUGAAUUCCCUGGGGUCCUACGAGUGUGCCUGUAAGGAGGGUUACAGGAUUGGAGAUAGCAGAUGGGCCUGCGUGGGUGCGGAGGAGGCGGAUGCAGAGGAGGCAGCAGGGCUGGCUGGUGCCCCGGGGCUGCAGUUCCGAGGGCCCCCCCAGCUGCUCCACCUUGCCCUCGGGGCCCUGGCCGAGGAUGGAGACCCCCGAGGAGAGCUCACCCUGGUGCACAGGGUUGUGUGCCUGGGUGACACGUUUGGCCAGGACUGCAGCCUGAGGUGUGAGGAUUGUCUGCACGGGGGCCGCUGCAACAGCGAGCGCAGCGGCUGCGUCUGCCCGCCCGGCCGGGCUGGUGUCAUCUGCAACGAGACCUGUCCCCCCGGGACGUUCGGCAGAGGAUGCGCCGGUGUCUGCAGGUGCCAGAACGGAGGCUGGUGUGACCCUGGCACGGGGCAGUGCCACUGCCCACCCGGUGUGCUGGGCCAGCUCUGCGAGGAUGGUUGCCCAAAAGGUUUCUUUGGGAAGAACUGUAACAAGCCAUGCAACUGUGCCAACAAGGGCCACUGCCACAGACUGUAUGGAGCCUGCCUGUGUGACCCCGGGCUCUACGGCCGCUUCUGCCACCUCACCUGUCCCAGGUGGGCCUUUGGUGCGGGCUGCUCGGAGGAGUGUCAGUGUGUGAAGGAGCACACGCUGGAGUGCAGCCCCAGGAACGGCUCCUGCACCUGCCAGCCUGGAUACCACGGCAAAAAGUGUCACAAAGAGUGCACCCCGGGGUUUUAUGGGGCUGGUUGCAAACUGAGGUGCAGCUGUCCUCCUGAUGUUCUGUGUGAUCCUGAGACAGGAGCCUGCAAACAUCCGUGUCCAGCUGGGUUUCAUGGAGAAAAAUGCCAUUUGUCUUGUCAGCCUGGCAGCUUUGGGAUGGGCUGCAGGCAGAGGUGCAGCUGUGGAGGAGCCCCGUGUGACCCGAGGACAGGGCAGUGUGUUUGCCCAGCUGGGAAAACUGGUGCUACGUGUGAGCAAGAUUGCCCAGAUGGCCAGUGGGGACCAGACUGCCAGAACUCCUGCGAGCCCUGCGCCAAUGGGGGACAGUGCAACAGGGAAACUGGAGCCUGUGACUGUCCCCCUGGCUACACUGGGCCAUCCUGCUCCGAGACCUGCCCCGAUGGGCACUAUGGGCAGAGCUGCCUGUGGCUGUGCAGCUGUGGCAGCAGUGCCCAGUGCCACCACGUCACUGGGGAGUGCUCCUGUCCCCCGGGCUGGACUGGCCACGACUGCAAACGCCAGUGCCCCGAGGGGAGCUUUGGCCCGGGCUGUGAGUCCAGCUGUCAGUGCCAGAAUGGAGCUGCCUGCGACCAUGUCAGCGGAGCCUGCACCUGCACGGCAGGCUGGACAGGAACCUUCUGUGAAAAAGCUUGUCCAGACGGAUUCUUUGGGAUUGACUGCCACCAGGUGUGCAAGUGCAAGAAUGCUGCUGGCUGUGACCACGUGCUGGGCUCGUGCCACUGCCUGCCAGGCUGGCUGGGGGAGAGCUGCGAGCAGCCCUGCCAGGAGAACAGCUAUGGGCCGGGCUGCAGGAGCACUUGUCACUGCCACAACGGAGCUCUCUGUCACCACGAAACCGGGACGUGCCUCUGCAGCCCGGGCUGGAAAGGAGCCACCUGCCAAGAAGCCUGUCCCCCAGGGUGGUACGGAGCAAACUGCCUGCAGCGCUGCCUCUGCCACGGCCAGGCCACCUGUGACCCUGUGAGCGGCGAGUGCCAGUGUCCCCAGGGCUGGACAGGGACAGCCUGUGAGCUGGAGUGUGGGGAGGGGCAGUUUGGAGAGGGCUGUGAGCAGAACUGCAGCUGCCACCACGGGGUGUGUGACCAGCCCUCAGGGAAGUGCCUCUGCCACACUGGCUGGACUGGGGACCACUGUGAUGUUGGCUGCCCCCCGGGAUUUUUCGGCGAGCGCUGCGAGGAGCGGUGUGACUGCGCCCACAGCUGGUCCUGCCACCCCCAGACUGGAGUGUGUCACUGCGAGAGGGGGUGGCGAGGGAGGCACUGUGACAAACCCUGCCUGCCGGGCCGCCACGGCGCGGGGUGCGCGCGGCGGUGCCGCUGCCCCGCGGGACGGCCCUGCCACCACCUGACGGGCGCCUGCGGAUGUCCCCCGGGAGUCACCGGCCACGGCUGCCACAAGGCUUGUCCAGCAGGCACCUAUGGGCAGGACUGUCAGGGAGUGUGCCAGUGCUCUGCUGAGAAUCAGGAAUGUCACCCUGUCACCGGCCACUGCUCCUGCAGCCCGGGCUACCAUGGGGCCCACUGCCACCUCCGGUGUCCAGAAGGUACUUAUGGUUCAAACUGCCAAAAUCCCUGUAAAUGCAUGAACGGAGGCCGCUGUGACCCCGCGUCAGGAACUUGUGAUUGCGCUCCCGGUUUCAUCGGAGCCAACUGCAGCAAAACCUGCCCUGAGAGCUGGUAUGGGAAGGACUGUGCCCAGCUCUGUGCCUGUGGCAGAGGCCAGUGUGACCCACGGACUGGCGAGUGCACCUGUGCCCCCGGCCGCACGGGACCUGCCUGUCGGCAAGUGUGUCCCCAGGGACAAUAUGGCCCCAACUGCCAGGGGACGUGUACCUGUCAGAACGGUGGCAUCUGUGACCCCAUGGAUGGCAACUGCACCUGUGGGCUCGGCUGGACAGGAAGAUCCUGUGAGGAAGAGUGCCUCCCAGGAAAGUAUGGGGCUGGCUGCUCCCUGGACUGCCUGUGCCAGCACAAUGGCACCUGUGACAGGUUCACAGGGUGCUGCAGCUGCCCCGAGGGUUUCUACGGCCACUCCUGUGAGCACAGGUGCCCCCUGGGAUUUUAUGGGCUGGGCUGUCUUCAGGCCUGUGCCUGUAAAAAUGGAGCGAGCUGUGAUGCAGUGACAGGACAGUGCCUUUGUCCUUUGGGUUACCAUGGUGUCCACUGUGAAAAAGGCUGUGCCAGGGGCUGGUUUGGCGAGGGGUGCCAGCAUCAGUGUGACUGUGGAGAUGCUCCUUGUGAUCCAGAGACUGGGAAGUGCCUUUGCCCACCUGGGAAGACUGGAGACAAGUGUGACAUUGGGUGCAGGCCAGACAGGUACGGCCCCGGCUGCUCGCUGCGGUGCCAGUGCGCCGGCAGAUCCCGCUGCAAUCCCCACAACGGGAACUGCGCCUGCCCCAGCUCCUGGAGGGGGCCAACCUGCACAGAAGGUGGCCCUCCAAAGCUUCCUUUUUAUGAAGAACAAGCUCAAGAAAGAGGGAGUAUUUUUCCAAGAGCUCUGCAACAGUAACAUUUGGACUAAUAAAUGAACUGUUUUAUAUGCACAGACGGUAUUUGAAUUUGGAUAUGAAAACAGUUAUUCAAUUCAGCUUGAAUUGUACUGAAGUAUUCACACUUCUUAUGGAAGACUACAGAGGCCAUUUAGUAGCUGGAUCCUUUUAAAGAGUUGAAUCUGUUUCAUGUGCUCAUUCCUAGCCUCUUGCCCCUCCAUUAAUCUACUCUGGACAUUCUUUCUGGUAUUAAUAUAAUUCAUUUCUUGAAAGCCUGGACAUGUUUUUAAUCAGAGCAGCUCCAAAGAGUAUCAGGAUAAGCAGCAUGUAACACAUCACCAUGGAAUGAGCCACGCUCCCUAUCAGGGACUUUCUAAACCCACUUGACAACCAGCACCAAGUUUGAAGAGUAUUCCACAGAUUAUUUCUCUACAGAUUCAUUGCAAAAUCACAUUGCACAUGAACUAGAGGGAUUCAUCAAGUUAAUUCCUCUUUGAAUAAAAUGGUGCGUUCUAGAGAAGCAUGCAGUCUAAUUUUGAACUUGCAGCUGAAGAAGAAUCUGCUACAAUCCAACAAGAGUCCUCAAUACACUGUUAAUUUAUUUAAGAGCAUCUUCUGCAUUUCUGGUUGGUUUGACUGACUGGAAGGUCUCUGUCUGAAUCUGUCUUCCAAAGAGCGUGGUGUCAUCUGCCAGACUCUCCUGGCACCCUGUGUUCUCACAUCUUACCAGACGAAUUUCUCAGUGGGUUGUCAAGCCAAACUGUGCAGCACUUCUCAUCAAACAGUAUCUGCUAAUGCAGAAAAGGUUUUAUCUUGAAUAGAGAAAGCACAUAGUAAGCAAGGAGAGAUGCUUAAAGAUACUAUCUCUAGAGUUUGUGCUUUUAUUAAGCAAUUUAUUUUUUUUAUCAAGUCACCUCACAACAGUCCUGAUACCAUUCAACAGCUGCUGGUGGCCACCUCAUGAAACAGAGACAUUUUGGUGCUAUUUUGCCUGUUUAGACAGGUUUUCCUUUGAUAUAGAACUAUGUCAUUAUAAAGAAAUGUAUGUUCUGUAUUUUAAUAUUCUGUUAACCAGACUAAAAGAUUUCAGAGUGCCUCUUUAUACCUCUCUUUAGGAGUUACAAAAUCUGUACAGUAACCACUUGAUUCUGUAUCAAAAGUGCACUUAAGAAGGGGCAUCAGGACCAUGGUGGACACAGAGUAUGGGCAGUUCAGCUCUUGUGCUGACGCUCCAUUCACCACCAGAACAAACUGCAGCUCUGCAGGAGCAGGGUUUUGUUUUGCAAGAGAAGAAAUGACAAUAACUGAUGGUAACUUGGGAUUUCUAAGGAAGUUUGUUGUUGUGGUUGGGUAAGUGAUGAGUUGGUGAAGCAGGAUCCAGGAGGUUGGAUGGGAAGGUGAGGUAACAAUUUUCCCCCAUGUUUCACCCCAGGUCCUAAACAUAUCUGCAGUCAAUGACUGUCCAGGCCAAAGCAAGUGACACUUGCUCCCCUGGGAGUUUAUUUCAAAUUGUGACCUAUGGGAGGCAAUACAGUUUUAGGAGGUGUUUUCCAAGCUUCAUGGAAGUCUUAUUGUUGUUAUUCAUCUCUUCAUAGGUAUUGAAAGAAAAGGUAUUUGUGAAUGUGUCAAAAUUAAUUAACCAACUGUGCUUUCAGCCAGAAAAUCACUGGGGCUGAUACUGAUCCCUUUUAAUUUCUUCUGUAGAGCUCAAUGAAUGUCACUGGAAAGUUCAUUCAAUGUAAAUGUGGCAAAAUUAUGGUCCCAGAUGCAUGUGACUCUCAGCAAGGAGGUGAUAUUUUAAAUGUUCUUUUGGAGGUGUGAUGGCCUGAGUCUGAUCCUACAAUUGUGUGAAUUUGGGGGCAGUUUCACUGAACAGGAGCCUGUAAGGUAAAUCUCCUGUGAGACAAUGGGAUAUAAUCUUAGCAAAUGCUGCAGAAGAACAAUUCAAGUUGAGCAGUUGACAUAUUUUGGCCUUAGCCCUGUAUUUACUGCAGAGCCAAACUACAACAGUAGUGCAAGUGUCACACUGUACUUAAGAUUUUUUUGUAGAAUCACUGAGUGAGUAAAGCUGGAGGUCUGAGCUUCCCUUUAAAGCCUGAUCAACUUCAGAGUCAAAUGUGUCAGAGAUUCAUCAUUCAAGUCAAAUUUCAGAGAUUCAUCCCACCUAGUUUUGAAUAUCUCCAAGGAUGGAGAUCCCACCACCUCUUUGAACCUGUCCUAGUGGAGAUUUCAUUUUAUUCCCCCGUUUUUUGGGUUGUUUUUUUUUUUCUGGUUUCUAAUCAGAAUUUCUUCCGUUUCAUCUUUGUUCCACUGCUUCUCAUCCUUUCAGUGUGGAUCUCUGAGGAGGGGUAGUUGGCUACAGCCUUGUCUUCUCUUCUGAGGACAGCCCAUCCACUGGCCACAUUCCAGUACCUCAGACAUUCCAGUUCCUUCCAGCUGCCCAGAGACUGGUGUGGUUACUCAGCAGCACAAAACCCUUUACCCUGCUGUCAGACAGCAGAGCAUAUCAAAUGUACUGUUUUUCUCUUAUUUUUGUAGAUUGUUGUGUGAUUUGAGCAGCUAAUCAAAGGGGAAACCUUUCCCAAGCCAUAUGAUUUACACCCAUGUAUACUUGUUUACAUUUUCCACAGUACCUUGGUGAUAGAGUUGUAAAUAUGUAGCAUAAAGAAAUAAAAGAUUUUUGUAUUACGUGUUUUUAAAGGAUGUCACAAUUUUAGGUACAUGAUGAAACACAUAUUUUAAGUGACUGAUACUGAGCCUUUGCCAAUGAAUUAAAAGGCCCUAGUAGAUCUGCUUUGGGAAAUAUUUCAGCAAACUUUUUUUUUAAUCAAAAAAUGCCAGUUCAUACAAACCACUCCAUAUGCAAUAGACUUUUUAUUCAAAAUGCUUCUUAUCUUCUUGAUGUUAUUGCCUUUGGAAAAGAAGUUCACUUCAGUGCCAUCCAACAGACCAUUCUGAUUUGUGGCUCUGCAUGGCUUUUUGUUCCAAAACAAAAUGCAGUCUUAUACAGGUAAAAAUCAGAAUUAAAGAUUUCAAAAAUGUUAAAAGAGGAAUUUUGAUUGGGAUGGUUGGAAUGUCUUAUCUUGGUUUUUAUUUUUUCAUAAGGCAGAGAAAUUGUUUACAGGUUUUAUUUUUUAGAAGAGUCACAACUUUACAGUAUUAACUACUAACUAAGGAAGUUUACUUGCUUCUGAUAUUACUGUUCUGAUUCUGCUCCUUCAGUUUAACAGAUUUACCUAAUUCUUUGCCUACAGAGUAUUCUUUAUUAGUCAGGAUGGAAAUUUUUAAUGGAAAACUGACUAAAUCAGCUUUUCCAGAGAUUAAUUUUGUGGCAAGUGAGUGUAGUUUCUACUAAAUUAACACAACUCUGCUUAUUUGCUUCAUCAGAUUCCAGUGAAAGAAUGUCAGGCUGAUGCAGCCCUGAGCACAGCACUGGGGCUUGUUGAAAAUGGAAGUGAAAAACUCAGUGAAAAGGGGGUUUAUAGUUAAAUUGAUGUCCAUCUUCCUCUUGGUGCAUGCCUUUGCUGGCUCCCCAUUUCCCAGGAGGCUGAAGUUAAUCACACUUCUUGCAGAGAGAGCUCUGCGUAUUCCUCUGCAGCGCACUUGCACGUGCAGAUAACUCUUUUCAGAAAGACAUUGGAGUUAUUUCAGCCAUGCAGCUCCUGUGCCAAAUCCCCCUCUCUUACCUUGUGUGCUCCAGAUAACUUCAGCUGGAGUGGGAAGGAGUGGAGUGUAACUCAGUGGGCCCAGCAGAACCUCGCUCACUGUGAAUUCAUGAAACCAGAACAACAUGUUUUAAGUUAGACUUCACUAACACUAUCCUCAUAGGAAAACAAUCAGAAUUUAAAAAAUUCCCCGCUUCCCCUGCCAGAAAUUAUUAUUCUACUUUUAUCCUUUUUAUGUUGAAGAACCAUAGCUAUUAAAGUUUGCCCAGAUUCCUUGCCAACCAUAUUAUUUUGAUUGGCUGCAGGUUUCUGUUUGUGUAAGUAAUAACCAGCAUAGUGUCAGGAGUUGCCAACGGGACAAACAUGGAAAUAAUACCUUCAUGUCCUUCCCAGAAGAGGCAAAGACACAUUUGGGAGCCAUCGUGGCUUCAUUGUGCAGAUCAAACAGUGACUCUGUUAGAAUUUAGCUUCUUAUCAGAGCAAAGUAAAGCUCAGGAACAAUCUUUGAGAGUGCUGGUGGACCAAGAAGCCUCCAUCCUCCCAUCCUUGUGUUAAUAUUUUUAUAUUUAGGUUAGAAACCUUCUCAGCCCCCUCGUUUUUGAAGGACUUUUCAGGUUGACCUGUGGCUGACUGAGCAGCUGCACGCAUGGGCUGCAACUUUUGCAAGUAAUUCUUGCAAGUAAUUCUUGCAAAAGUGCCCAGUAAUUCUUUUGCAAGGUCACAGCUUUAAAUUCUGACACUGUGUAAAGCAAUUUCCAGCAGUAAACACCAAAUCUCAGCCUUGUAGAGCAUAAAUUGUUCGUUCUGUUCUUUUUAUGGCUCUUAAUAAGCACUUGCAUAGCAAUAUUAUGUGUCUGUGAAUUUGUAAUCCCUCUUCAAGAAAUGUGUGGGAUGUAUGUUGGGUUUGUACUGUACUUUCUGUUGUAGACAUGUUGUAGUGAAAGGAUGCUGAUUUUUUCUUAAUAUAAACAUGUCAUUAAAA